UCUGUUGAAUUUGGCUGAGGAUGAAUGGAAGUAUUGUAAUAAUAUGUAAUUAGAUUCAUUGAAUGAUUUUAAAACAGAUAGAUGAAGAUGUGGGCUUGUUGAAAUUUGUAAUUAUUAUAGCUUGAAAUUGCUGAAGAACUUUUCCUGAACUUGGUUAUGAAUUUUGACUAAUUAUAAACACAUCGAAGAACAAAUGUGCGUUAUGCUCAUGUUAUAAGAACAAUUUUCAUAUCUUAUAUAUUUGAGAAUUCAUAUAUUGUAAGCUGUUGUCUUACAUUUGAGUUGAUGUAUGAUUAUUUCAAAAUGAUAAUUGUAUUAGUUUCCUGCUCAUUGAAAUACAAUGCACGACGAUAAUUUUUUAUUUUAUGUGCGUGGGCUUCCUUUAUGUGAAAAAAGAAAUGUUUCAACUUCAUUUGCGGUAUGGCAUUAGUGAAUUCCAUCUUAAGCAGCCCAGGACCUUCGUUGCGAAAUAUAGAUCGAGUUUUGGAAGAUGCACAAUUGAAAGGUGAACUAAAAUUGAGCUAUCGCAAACUCAAAGAAUUUCCAAAAAUUGCUUAUAAAUAUGAUUUAUCUGAUGUUGUGAGAGCUGAUUUGUCAAAGAACCGUCUUAGUGAAUUGCCUGAAGAAAUAUGCUUUUACUUACUACUCGAAGAGCUAGAUUGUUAUAAUAAUGUGAUACGCUCAGUUCCAGAUGCCAUUAUUAAUUUGCAAUCUUUAGUUUACAUAAAUCUAAGUCGUAACCAGUUGACAGUCAUUCCUAUUGCUCUUUGCCAUCUUCCAUUGCAAGUGUGUAUUCUAAGGAACAAUCGUAUUGUUUCCAUUCCUGAAGAAAUUUCUUCCAUGAAAUGCCUCAAAGAUUUGGAUGUUAGCUGUAAUGAAAUAACAAUAAUCCCUCCUCAGCUGGGAAGUGUGUCUACACUCCAGCGAUUGAAUUUAAAAAGGAAUCUACUAGUAGAAAUUCCAUUAGAACUUUGCCAGCUGAGACUGAUCUCUUUUGAUGUUUCUGCAAAUAGAAUUUCGGCGCUUCCAACCCAAUUGCGUUUUAUGACUUCCUUGCAAGAUUUGGUAUUAGACCAAAAUCCUAUGACAUUCCCUCCAGCAGUUUUGUGUAAAAGAGGAAGAAUCCAUGUUUUCAAGUUCCUGGAAAUUCAAGCAAUAAAAGAAGAUAAACGUGGAAUUGUUUUGGAAACAGAAUUUCAGAAAUUCCGCAGUCCUCCUGUUCUAUCUGAUACUAGAUUUCAAAAUGGUUUUGCCGGUGGUAGUUGCAGGAAAAGUUAUACUUUUGAUUCCGGUUACAGCACAUCUGACGGUGAUACUAGAUCUCAAGAGUCACAAGAUCUCAUUUGUGGGUUCAAGAAAUAUCCGGGAGAAUCACCUCAUUGGGAGAUGUCUAGCAACAUUUCUACAAGGAAUCAAAAUACUAACACACUGUUCAAUUAUGUUCCUGUAAAUGCUGAAGAGAAAGCAUCUGAAAAAAAUUCUGAUUUGAUCACUGUACAAACAUUCAAAGAAUACAAAGAAUCAGUCAAGAAAAAAAGAGAAGCUACUGCACCAAAUAUUUAUAAAAAAGCUUCCAGUGAUGAAAACAGCUCUGAACUUUCUCCGAAACUUUCGACAUCAAAAACAAAAAGUACCUUGGCUUCCAAGCACACAUUGCGCAAAGAUGGUCUUGUAACUUCUUCGCAGACUGAAGAUGAGUCCAAAGCAAUGAGUAUGCCUCUAGUCAAUCAGUGGCAGUUUGAUUCUGCUGGAUCAGAAGUGUUUGUGGACAGUAUGCCAAAGAAUCAUGUACCAAAUGAGUCCAUGAAGAAGCAGUGUUUGGUGGAGAAGAAACAUUCGCUUCAGGAGGAGAAAGGAUUGGAUAAGGAUGCUGCACAAAAUAAUUUUACGUGGCCAAAGAAUUCAUAUACUCCUGUUAAACCGUUGAAGUCUAGUUUUACUAUGAAAAGAGAGUUUGAUAAAGCCCGUGAAGAACAAGAACUGAUCUCCAAGUUAAGAGAGAUUUUAGAAAGCAGGUUGAAACUGAAACUUCCCGAUGAAAUGGAGACCGCCCUCAAUGAUGGUGUAUUCCUCUGCCAUUUAGCAAACAACAUCAGAGCUAAUUCUGUCACCUGCAUCCAUGUGCCUUCUCCGGCAGUGCCUAAAUUAACAGUUGCCAAGUGCAGAAGAAAUGCAGAUAAUUUUUUAGAGGCCUGCAGGCGUGUAGGUGUUCCAAAUGACCUCUUGUGUUCUCCUCAGGACAUCCUUGGUGAACAAGGUGGACUUGUACGCAUUGCUAUCACUGUUCAAGAACUCGUAACUCGUUGCAUCAAGGCUUAGUAACUGUAAUGAUUUAAAACUUUUGACACUAGUCUCAUCUAGAAUUGGAGGAUAGAUAUUUAUCCAUCAUUUUGAUAUUUUUUUUAAACAGAGAUGAGAAAUUUUGUAUCGUGUUUUGGGCAUGUUUGUGUGAAAGAGAUAGAGUGAACAGAUGCAAACUGACUGCUCAUCUAGGUCUAGCAUAUGGUAAUUCAUUAAUCUUUCUACCGAUAUACUUAGGAAAGAUUCUUUUAAUACAUUAGCUGAUGAAUCUGAACAGUUCUAAAACUUAUCUAGUCAUAAUGCAUUUCUUCUGAAUGAAUGUAGAUUCUUAGUAUAUUCCCCUCUUUGUACAAAACAUUUAAAAUUAUAUUCUGUCAGAAUCAUGUAAAUUACAUUUUAAUUUAAAAUACCUGCACAUUUUUAUUACAGCACUAUUUACAUUUGAAAUUAUAUUCGUCAAGGGUAAUAAUGGCAUAUUAUUUUGCCUCUAUUAUUUGCAAAUAUCUUUGCAGUCAUUGAAAUUAUUUAUAAAUGUAUUAAAAGAUUACAAGAAAGGUAUUAUGAUGUUUAAUAUGUUUGCAUGACGAUAUUCUAUGAGUGAAUUUUUUUUAUUAAUAAUGUAUUGAAUAUGCGUGUAUAUAUUAUUUUAAUGCACAAUCAGUUUCAUUCUCAUCUCACUAUUAUCUAAUGAUGUAAAAUUUUUUUUAUUGUAAUUAUUUUUCAAUGCAUCAUACUGUUUUAUAAAAAGGAAGUGAAACAAGUGCUUAACAUCUGUUUAAUUUUCAUCAUGUACUUACUAACUGCAUUUCAACAAAUGUGGGUAAAUUUUAUUAGAAAAUUUUGUUUUGUGUUGUAAGAAUCGAUUCUUAUUUUUUUAAAUUAUGAUAUGUACUUAGAAAAUCAGCCUGGAAAAGAGGAGGAACUUCUUCAUUGCAGUGAAUUAAUUUUACCUCCUCUGACCAAUCUCUUUUGAAAUGAAUUUAGAAAAAUUCUGUACUUAAAUGAACUAACAACAUGCUUUGUUUUUGAUAACAUAAGCAUAUUUAUGUUGAAUCUAGAAUAAUUUUAAACAAUUUUUAUUACUGUAUAUUAAAAAGUGUUAUGAGAAAUUCUUUUUAAGGAGUUUCUAAUUUUUCUGUGAUGUAAUUGCUAUAUUAGAGUAUUGUUUAAUAUAUUUAUAAAUUGCUUAUGAAAAACUAAAAUUCAUUCUUAAAUUUCUUUUUGGACUCAAAAUUUCAUUAAAAUUUGACUUUUUGGUAAUAAUGUUUGAAAAUUAAAUUGUGAUAAAUUAUGUUAAGUUUUGCCCUUUUACACACAAAGAGGUCCAAAAGAAUUUAUUUAUUUAAUACGAAUGACUAAUUUUCUCAUAAACAAUUAAUUAUAGACUAUGAUUCCAAUUUAAGAAAUGAAUCAUGUUAAGUAACCUUUAAAUAUAAUAAACCAAAUAUUUAGGAAGCUAUUCAAAACUUAAUAUUUACAUAGGCCCCAUUUGGAAAAAUAUAGAGAAAAUGUACACUAUAUAUAUAUAGUGUAUGUAUUAAAAAGCUUAUUGCCAUUUUUAGAAAUGCUAAAAUUUGAAAUUCGUGCACUUAAUGAAGUUUAAUUUUUAUAUGACCUCUAAUCACUUUUCUAUUUAAGUCGAAGUGCUGUAAAUCAUACAAUUCGGGCAAUGCUUUUUGGGCUGUUAUUCAAUGUUAUGAAUUUCUUUUUUUCCCUCCCCCUGUAAGGUUUUUAAUGGAAUAAGAAAUAGUUUAAUACAUAUAUCUUUAUAUAAACAGCCCGUAUAAAAAUGAAAAUUUCAUGCUUUUUUUUGGGCGGGGUCUGUUAUGCGAUUAGAACUUGAUUUAAUUCAUUUCUUAAAUUGGAACCACAAAUUUGCACUGAACUGUGGAGAUAUUUUGUUGUGCGGUUUUCUCAAAACGAUGAAAACUAUUUUUGUAUAUUUGUUUUAAACUAUCGUAUUCUCAAAACGAUGAAACUAUUUUUGACUUGUUUCGUAGUAAAUAGUAGUAAUAUGAAUUUGUGAAUUUUUUUUCCAUUUAAAUUUUGUUCAGCAGUCUUCAGCAUCUUAAUUCAAAAACUGAUCAUUAUAAAAUUAUUUGGCAGUCUUAAAGAAGUGAAAAUUCUAAAUUUAGUACAAUUAUAUUUCAAGCUGUUAAUCAUAUUAUUUUUCAUCUGGGAUAGUAGUAAAUGUGAGUUUGUGAAUUUUUUUUUAAUAUAUUUUGUGCAGCCAUCUUUAGCAUCGUAAUUGAAAAAUAGAUCAUUAUAAAAUUAUUUGGCAGUCUUAAAGAAGGAUAAAUUCUAAAUUUAGUACAAUUAUAUUUCAUUGACAUAUUUCAAGCUGUCAAUCAUAUUAUUUGGAAAACACUAAGCAUGCAAGUAACUAUCGUAUUCUCCCAUGCAUGGUGUCAUGGUAUAAGUGGGUAGUACAUCCAGCUAAUAAUUGUAAGAUCUGUAAUUCAAAUCCUAGUGAGGGCACAGCUUAUUUCUUAAGUUGCAUUUCUUACAUAAAAAUUCUUAAUAAUCUUAACACAUAUUUUGGGUCUUUUUUUAUUUAAUUUUAUUAAAACUUAUGAUUUUUAAAUAUGUUUAAGAAAGUAGCAGAAUUUCAUAUGAGUAGAAUUCCAAAUAUGAAGACCAAGACUGCUGUCUGUGCGAAUAAGUAUUAUGUCUUUUUCUCUAGAUUAUGGUAAUACUGAUAAAAUUUCAGUUUCUUAGGUAUUGUAUAUUGUUUUAACAAAAAUUAUGUAAUUAUGAAGAAAAAGGGAAACUCUGAAACUGGUUUCUAAACAUAAUUUUUCCCCUUCAAAAUUAAAGAAUGAAACUAUUUUUGUAUGUCUAAACACACAACUACUUCUAUUUCAAUUUAAAUAAAGCUUAAAUUAGUUUUUAUUUACUAUGACUUCAAACUAAAGAUAUGAUAUUGCUUUAGUGAAAAUGUGUUGGAAUUACAUAGAAGAAUUUUUAAUUUGCGUAAUGAACUAAAGGACUGCUGCUGUUACACAUAGUAUGAAAAAGAGAUGCAUGGAGAGGCAUUUCAUAUUUAUAAUCUCUUUCGCUUAUCAUUUGUUUACUUAUUUAUUAUUUUAUUUUAUUUUAGACAUUUCUGGGAAGGCAUCUACAAAAUCUUUGGAUUGUAACAUUAUUUUACCAUGCAUAAAUCGUGUACUUGCUUUGGCAAAUGUUGUUACUGCUCAAAACAUAAUCCAUUCUACACUAGUGACCUUCAACUCAUAUGUCAUCUGUGACUUAGCCUUUGAUGAUUAUUGAUUUGGCUUGAUUAAAUUAUCUUGUAGCAAUCUAUCUACUUAUAGCAUAUAAUUGCUUUUCUGUUAAUGUUUAUAGGCAAUAUAUUUGCCAGAUAUUUGAGCUGAUUUGUAUGUCGUAUACAUUCAUCUAAAUUAUUAGACUAUCUUCUUAAAAUAUAUGAGGUUUAUUAAUUAUUUAAUGAUCUGUUUGUUGCAUUUUUAUAUUAUUUAUUGAGAAACUUAAAAGUGUGUAAACAGCAACAAACCUAAUUUAUUGGCCAGAAAGAAAAAUUAAGGGUCUAGAUAACUGGAAUUCUGCUGGAUUUGAAACUUGGUGCCAG